AUGACGGAUCGACUCGAAGCACCAGUGCCAUUGCGGCAAAAGAUAGCAUCAAAAUUGAGCAUGCAUGACAUGAAGACGGCACGUUCAAGUUCUAGUUCCGAUAAUAUGGUACCCAAGAAAUUGAAAACCGCCACCGACAUGCGAUUACUGUCACCCAAACGUCCUAAAUCGGCAGUGCCCUUUACAGGUUCAAAAAAUGGUGAUGGAAGUGGUUCCGAAGAAAUAAUGAAGCAAAGACUUCACUUUUAUGAUUUGGAUUACGUCCAGGAUUUUGAACAACAUUCUAGGAAUAUUUAUGAUGUCAAUUCCAAAUGGUUCAGUCGUGACGUCAAACCGAAAUUAUCCAUGGAAGCUUUACUACCCUACCAGACAGAAACCCACAUUGAACAAGCAAGUUAUUUGUGUCAUAUUUUGGUCAAUUUGUACAUUGCGAUCCGAUCGUUAGAUAUCCAAGGUUUGAUUUCGAUUUCGAGUAAAGAUCUGGCAGAACUGGGUUCUGAGAUUGAUGAACUGGCUUUGAAUACCGAUAUGUUCAGACUUGCUAACGAAAAUGAGACGUCGUGGAACGAUAUCAACAACUACGACGAGGACGAGGACGAUGAAGAGCAGGAUGAGGACGAUUAUGAGUAUGAUGGCCCCAGUUUUGGUGCGACAGGUAAGAUUACUGCGAAAUCGGCUACAAUUAUUAACGUGAACCAUUGGACCAACGAACUUCGGAAUUGUUUACAUUUCGAUUUUCCUAUUUCACUUAGGAAAAAACUUGCCGCGGUCUAUUACAGUCUCGCAUUGGUGCAGGGCCAACGUGUUUACCGUCAAAUGCACGUCGAUCUAUUUGAGAGUUUGGUUACCAUCAAUGACGAAGAUACUAAUUUCGCAGAAUUGCUCCUGGAAGCUGGGCUGGUGUUGGACCAUGAACCCAUGCAAAAGUUUUUAAGCGAGUUUCUGCCGUCCCCAGAAGCCGAAUAUAGCAGAUUCGAAAUUACGUGCAAACCAGAUCAUCAGCUGUUUCGACUUAUGCUCAAAUUAGCGCAUUGUGCCAAACCCUUUUAUCGUCGCGGUACGUUCAUUUCCGCAGAAACUAUGGACUAUUACAUUUCAAGCCUGGCGCCUUCAACAGCAUUUUGCGUACUGCCUAUCAUGACUUCAUUUGUUCCAUACCAGUUUACUAGUGAAAGGAGCAUUGCCGACUAUUUCCCGUUUGUGUUUACGCUUUGGACUGCAGCACCACCUUCUGUCGGUUCGGAUACGCAUUUCUACGAUUUUGUAGGAUGCGUAGCCGAGGAGGCACACAGAAGCAUGCUAAAGCAUGGCAAACUCGAGUGUCGGGGCCAAAGUGUGCUUAAGGAAUAUGGACUUUUUACUGAAGCACAAUUGGAUUUUUUAUUGAACAGAAUUCAAAACCAUUUAAGGAAUGACUUCCAAAUCGUGUCUUUCAGCAGAGCAGUGAGACCUUUAAUUUACUCUCUAUAUCCAUCCUCGGCCACUUCAUUUUUCGAAAAGAUUAAAAGCUUACUAAAAUCUGUUGAAACCUUCGUACAUCCUUCUAACAAUGGGCCCUGGACCAAAAUAAUAGCCAAGUUCGUGCACGGCUUUAUCAAACUAUAUCACGAAAGGGUUAAAUUAGAGCAAAGAACUGCUAAAGCUCACGAAAUACCAGUUCUCACGACUGAGAGCCAUUCGUUAUUACUGGACACUUUCAUCGACGUCAUAUUCUUGGGCUCGCAGAACAAAAGCUCAGAUAUGACGAAUUAUUACAUCUCCACUAUCGGCUAUCUGCUUGACCUCAAAUCGUCUCACAAAGAGCUCAUUUUCGACAAAGUAUUGCUUGACCUCUAUGACUGUUUAAUGGACCGUUAUGUCAAUUCUUCCCACCGUUUGAUAUCUUCGUUGAAGCAAUUGACGAAAGCCGUGAGGUACAUGAUAAUGGAGCCGCUCUAUCGAGUUCACGUGACGAAUAUCCUUCUUAUGCUCACUUCCAAGAUUGACAUGAAUGACUUGACUUUGACGAGCAAUAUUAUGAACUGCAUUGUAACGAUUUUUUCAUUUAUUCCACUCGAAAGCUUCAUUAAGGAGGACGAAUACGUCAGUUUCGAGUCCCACACUCUUCCAGUGAUCGAACAACAUGCCUUGCAUCUCAAACAAGGGCUCCACUCCGACACGUUUGAGUACAACGAGGCUACUCUGAAUCAAGCGUUUAAGGCGUCAACGACGGUUUUCGAAAACAUCACGAAGGUAUACCUUGAAAAGCUUUUCCAACUCGUGGAUACAGAUUUGGAAGAGGGUCUUAUCAGCAAGAUCAAACAGACGACAUUGAUCAUGAUCGAGUCAAUGUCUGACGAAAUUCUCAAGUCGUUCGUUGAAUCUCUUGAUAGAAUGUUUUGGGACAAUGAUGCUUUCAAGGACAAAGAGCCAAACUAUGAACUUAUCACGACACCACUUGGUGUUUGUGCGCGACGUGAUCCAGCUUUUGGUAGAAAGCUGUUGACUGCAUUGAUAAUGAACAUAAGAGAUCAGAUCAAUAGGGGUGCUGGUUCUAUAAGAAGCUCGUCGGAAAUACAACCAAGGGAUGUCAAGCUUUUGACAUUCUUGACCGCCCUAACCGAUGUUUUGCGGCUCUCCAGCCUGCUGAUUAAAGAAUUCUCAACUGAUGUUUCAGAACUGUUGACUUUUCUUUUCGAUAAAAUCACUAAUCCCCCCCUUGACGUUCAUACAUCGUUAAUCCUCCACAAUGUUUUGUUAUGUCUAACAUCAACUGAAGUUAUCGAUUUCAGACUUUUCAAAGGCUCGCGUCUUGAUGCUAGAGAGAAGUGGGGUGGCAUGCAAUUUAGCCCACUUCGCUUUGAAAAAGAGCACUUGGAUUUUGAAUGGCAUAUUCCAACAGCAGAUGAGGUGUCGCUUGCUAUUCAAUUACUCGAGCAAUUCACAAGUUAUUGCAUGGAUAAGGUCGAAAAUCUCAUUGAACAUCAACAGAAUGACUCCCGCUUCAGCGAUAAACUAAAGAAGUACAUCCUGAUCAUAGCCCAUGCCCUUUCUGGUUCCAGCUUAUUAUUCGAUCCAGAUUUUAGCAUUCGUCAAAAUCCCGAUUCCUUAAUGGGAUACAGAGAGAAGCUCCUCCUUCUAAAAAAGAUUAGAGACAAGCAGUGCGACGGUCAGGAGCUAAACAUUGACAUCGAGCAGAUCAAAUCGGAAAAGAUUGAUGGAGAGCUUCAAAGUAGUGAUUACUCGGAUUAUUCUUCAGACGUCAUGAAUGAGAUUAACGUCAAUUUUGGAAUCAGUGAGGAAAAUGUCAAUUACUCGCUGUACGAUGACACGUCCGGAGCUCCUUCUGGGAUAGCUACACCAGAACCUCAGCAUUUUUCGGGAGAAAAUCAAAGUUCUGCAUUGAGUGGAAGCCUUGCUUUCAGAAAUUUAGACAUAUUUUCGUGCAAUUAUUACUUCGCUGAUGGCAAAGCCAAAGACGACCCUCUGUAUCUCAAAGUGCAUAUGCUUAGGUCAAGAUUGGGCAAGUUCUUCCACAGACUCUUCAAAAUUUUUAGCAUUCACCAUGAAGACAAUGUCGUUCUUUUCAAAAUACUUCUACAUGCAAUUAAGGUUUGGUUUACAGACGUGGGUCAAGAGACCAUAUUUGGGGGUGAUCCUGGUCCAUUUCUUGAUGUUGAUUUCUUGGAAAAUAUUCAAAACAUUGCACACAUUGAAGAGCCUUAUACCAGAACCUGCUUCGCCGUGAAAGCUCAAGUUCUACACGAAGCGCGACUGCUUUUGCGGUCCACAAACCGAUCACCCUCUAGGCUCGAAAAGGUUCUGUUGAACGAUGUUAUCAAAAUGUCAACAUCUCUUUAUCCAAAUAUUCACAAGCCUGCUCAGGCAUGUAUGGCUCAGGGCAUGAAGCAAUUAGUGGGAUCUUUUGCCAUGGUUAUGAAGCAAACUUUGAAAUUAUUGAAUGCUGCUCUAGAUUCUGACAACGAGGAAAAGGUGAAUGUCAUUCUUGAAGUGCUGAUGAUCAAAAAAAUCCAGAGAAAGCUUUUUUCAGAUUAUGAAAACAUCGAAGACUUGACACGUCUCCUAUUAAGAGCUUCGAAAAUGAAUAAUCUUGAUGUCUCUUUGAAGGCGGACAGUGUUUUAACCGAGAUUUCCACUUCCUUGAAGAUCCCUUCGAGUGUCUGCAUCCUGGACCCCGAGCCAACGUCACAAUUGAAGCCUCCUGAUUCCUCGAUAGAACAACAGGUUAGUGCCAUUCAAAAAGUGAAAUUUGGGAAGAGACAACAUUAUAUUUCAAUUUUGAUCCAACUAGAGGAUCAACUUCUGCUUGUGGCACGUGCUGAACAUGAAUUGAGAUGGAAAAGCAGGCUGCUAGUGUUGAAAAUGAUUUUAAAGAUUCAAUCCAGCCUUGAAAUCCCGCCUAAUCGCCAAGUUUUAGUUCAGAUCUUGGAAAUGGCGGAGAAUAAACAUCCCGAAAUUGUUCAUCUUUCAAUAAAGGCCAUUUUGAGUGUUGGCAAUAAGAUGUUAUCGCUCGGGGCCUACCACUAUAAUUUGAAAAAUGCGUAUGACCUCAAUUUUCAGCGAGACGAACUCAAAACAAUCAAGACUGACGUGAAAGGUUUCAAUGAUCACUUUAAGACUGAAAUGAAAAACUUUGAAAAUCCUUCAUACUUCAUUGAUGCCAAAGCUUUUGUGGGAUAUCUUUCGUGGGGCAGAGAGAUGGACGUUGUGAGUCAGACGGUUGCUCACUCUGGCUUACCUCUUUUUAACCUCAAAUCAAACGACCUCAAGACCUUGAAGAUAUUUGGCGAGAAGCUCACUAAGAAAUUUAUUUUUGAUACCAUGGAUAUCUUGAUUCAGGAUAACGAGAGUCGUGGAAUUUAUAGCAGCGCGAACAUCGAGUUUUUCGCUUUACUCACAGCUUUGAUUUCAAAUAACCUGACUGCUUUGCAAUUUUCAGACCUUUUGGAAGCCUGCGAGAAAUAUUACGACAAAAGCGAUAAGGCAUCCAUGAUUAUGUCAGUUGAGUUAAUGGCAGGGCUUCUCAUGGGGUCCAAGAACACCAAAGCGGCGGAUCUGGCGCAAAGAGACGAAUUUUUGGUAAAGUUUAUCGAUAGCUGCCUUGACUCGGAAUUUAAUCAGGAUUCAUCCGACAUUUGGGCUGUAUUUUGUUGGUGGUUACCAACAACAAUUGACAUCAGAAGGUGUAAAGUGCUUUUUAAUAAGCUCACUGAUGUCCAAAAUUUGUUCAACAAGAAUUCAGAUGCAUCUGCCGAACAGGCUUCAAAAAUUUCUCUCCUUAAGAACAUUUCGGCGAGUUUGGGUUUCCGAGCCCCCACAUCCGAGGAAGUCUUGCCCUUUUUGACAUUUGACCAUCCUUAUGAUCAAGUGAGACAGGCGAUUGCCAGGUUAUUCGCUACACUUUUGCAAACCAGACUAAAUCCUUCGUUUUCCAGCGUUCCAGAACUCCUAGAAUAUACGUCAAAUGAAUCUGGCCUGGGCAGACGUAUAAGGUUUGUACCAGAAGUCUUCCAUCAGAAAAUUCAAUGGCUAUUUGAUGACAUCGAGAAAAACCGCAAUGAAGUCGAAGGACUGUCGCCCCAAGAGAUUAUACGCACGAAGUAUUACUUUCAAGCUUGCACUGCGUUAAAUUGGCUGAUAUCAUUCAUGCAGAGUCAAACAAGCGGCAUACUGAUUAGCUACUUGAAAGAUCAUAUUGCGCCUUUCCUGAUGAAUUUGGCGCAGAUGCGGGAAUUGUGUUCUUUGGCGAAAUUGGAUCCAGGUUCAUGCUACAUUUCGAUGUCUGUGUGGCCGUUAAAUGCGGAAGAAGUCGACACCGUUAUGGCUUUGUUUGGUAGUAUGAGCCUAAAAACGUCCAACGAAAUCCGGUUGCAUCUCACGUUUCUCGAAAACUUUUACUCGAGGAAUAUGUUGAUGCUUUCAGCCUCCCAAAAGCAGUUGCUUCUCGACUACGUCGUACAUUACAUCUACGACGAACAGCAUGUCGAAGUACGACUACGUGCUGCGAAUGUACUAUCCGGAAUUGUGCACAAUCUGCGGGAGAAAGAAAUUUUGGAAGAACUCAUUACUAAGUUUGAAAGUGGCCUAGGAAAAUUCUCUCUCAUUGAAAAGAGAACAUUAUCAAAGUCCAGUUCCGAGGUUCAUGGGUCUGUCAUUGGAUUAGGUGCCGUUAUCUCUGCUUUCCCAUAUGUCUUCCCGCUACCUCAAUGGAUUCCACGUCAAUUGAGUUUCCUGGCAUCGUGGGCUCGAACCAGUGGCGUAGCAGGAGCAGCCGCGAAAGAGAUUAUCAGCGGCUUUAAGAAAGUACGCGCAGACACUUGGCACGUGGAUCGUGCCGUUUUCACUAGCGACGAAUUAGAAGAUCUCGAGGGAGUCACUUGGCGAAGUUACUAUGCGUGA